AUGAGGAUUAUUAACAUCAACAGGUCCUGGAUCAGCGAGGACGUGUCUGAUCAGGGGCUGACGUCAGGCUGCUUGAUCUGCAGCUUCCGCGGCUCGCUGACUCAGGGCCUGACGCUGGAGGUCGGAGAGACGGUUCAGAUUCUGGAGAAAUGUGAAGGAUGGUUCAGAGGAUUUUCUACGAGGAAGCCAAAUGUCAAGGGAGUUUUUCCAGCCAACUACGUUCACCUGAAGAAAGCUGUCGUCACCAAUCGAGGGCCUCAUGAGACCGUGCUGCCUCUGGAGGACCCCAUCGUCACAGAGGUGACCUCCACGCUGCAGGAAUGGGCUUUGCUCUGGAAACAGCUCUAUGUGGUAAGAAGCUCAGAAGAAAUAAUAAAGAUGGAGACUCAGGACUCGUUCACACCUGGUUGGGUUCAGAGCUUCAGACUCCUCAGGUCAGCUCUGGAGUAUCUGUUCAAGUUCAUCGUUCAGUCCAGGAUCCUCUACUCUCGGGCCACGUGUGGGAUGGAGGAGGAGCAGUUUCGAACCAGCAUCCAGGAACUGUUCCAGUCCAUCCGCUUCGUCCUCAGCCUGGACAGCCGCAACUCUGAGACCCUCAUCUUCACCCAGGGCUCGCAGCCUUGUCCAGGUUCAAACCAGGUCCCAGGUCCUGCUGCUCCUUUAGCGUUAGCCUGUGCCCUGGGUCAUGCCCCCCCCGCUGCCCCGGGACAGGCCCCCGGCAGCGGGGGGGCCGGCUGCGUUCAGGCCUGGAGCUCCAACGCUCUGCGGCCAUCACCUCUGUCAGCCGCCCUGCUCAACUCCUUCCCAGCCAUCUUCGACGAGCUGCUGCAGAUGUUCACGGUGCAGGAGGUGGCGGAGUUUGUGCGCGGCACGCUGGGCAGCAUGCCGUCCACCGUGCACAUGGGACAGUCCAUGGACGUGGUCAAGCUGCAGUCCAUCGCCCGCACGGUGGACAGCCGGCUCUUCUCAUUCCCAGAGUCUCGAAGGAUCCUGCUGCCUGUGGUCCUGCAUCACAUCCAUCUGCAUCUGAGGCAGCAGAAAGAGCUGCUCAUCUGCUCUGGAAUACUCAGCUCUAUAUUCUCUAUAAUCAAGACCAGCUCACUGGACACGUCAGUGCAGGAGGAGGUGGAGAUGAUGGUGGAGUCUCUGCUGGACGUCCUCCUGCAGAGCCUACUGUCAAUCAUGAGCAAGAGCCAAUCGCAGGAGGCGGUAAGGGGUCAACGCUGUCCGCAGUGCACCGCGGAGAUCACUGGCGAGUACGUGUCCUGCCUCCUGUCCCUCCUCCGCCAGAUGACCGACAUCCACUUCCAGCGCCUGAUGGAGAACUUCCAGAGCAAAGAGGAGCUGAAGGAGUUCCUGCUGAAGAUUCUGUGUGUGUUCAGAAAUCUGAUGAAGCUCAGCAUCUUCCCUCGGGACUGGAACAUCAUGAGACUCCUCACCAGCAACAUCAUCCUGACCACGGCUCAGUAUUUGUCUCCUGCGCUGCACAAGAACUUCACCGAAGCAGAGUUUGAUUUUAAGGUCUGGAACUCCUACUUCAGUUUGGCCGUGCUCUACAUCAACCAGCCGAGUCUGCAGCUGGAGAACCUGAGUCCUGCGAAGAGGAAAAAGGUUUUAGACAAGUACGGGGACAUGAGGGUGAUGAUGACCUACGAGCUGUUCAGCAUGUGGCAGAACCUGGGUGAGAAUAAGAUCCACUUCAUCCCCGGUAUGAUCGGCCCGUUCCUCGGAGUCACGCUGGUUCCUCAGGUGGAGGUGAGGAACAUCAUGAUCCCCAUCUUCCACGACAUGAUGGACUGGGAGCAACGCAAGAACGGAAACUUCAAGCAGGUGGAGGCUGAACUGAUCGAUAAACUGGACAGUUUGGUUUCUGAAGGGAAAGGAGACGAGAACUACAGAGAACUCUUCAGUUUGCUAACCCAGCUGUUUGGGCCCUACCCCAGUCUGUUGGAGAAGAUCGAGCAGGAGACGUGGAGAGAGACGGGCGUGUCCUUCGUCACGUCCGUCACACGGCUGAUGGAGCGACUGCUGGACUACAGGGACUGUAUGAAGGGAGACGAGACGGAGAACAAGAAGAUCGGCUGCACCGUCAACCUGCUGAACUUCUACAAGUCAGAGAUCAACAAGGAGGAGAUGUACAUCCGCUACAUCCACAAGCUGUGUGAUAUGCAUCUGCAGGCUGAGAACUUCACAGAGGCUGCGUUCACUCUGCUGUUGUACUGGGAGCUGCUGCACUGGGACGAGCGACCACUGAAAGAGUUCCUGCAUUACUCUGCUCAGACCGAGUGGCACCGCAAAGAGGCGCUGUGCCGCAAGGUCAUCCACUACUUCAACAAGGGAAAGUGCUGGGAGUAUGGGAUCCCUCUUUGCAGGGAGUUGGCCUUCCAGUAUGAAUCUCUGUACGACUACCAGAGUCUGAGCUGGAUACGGAAAAUGGAAGCUGCGUAUUACGACAACAUUAUGGAGCAGCAGCGUCUGGAGCCAGAGUUCUUCCGGGUGGGAUUCUACGGCAGGAAGUUCCCCUUCUUCCUCAGAAACAAAGAGUUUGUGUGUCGGGGUCAUGACUACGAAAGGUUAGAGGCCUUCCAGCAAAGGAUGCUGGGAGAAUUCCCACAAGCCAUUGCGAUGCAGCAUCCCAAUCAGCCAGACGAGGCGAUCCUUCAGUGUGACGCUCAGUACCUCCAGAUCUACGCGGUGACCCCGGUGCCAGACGGCGUCACCGUGCUGCAGAUGGACCGGGUCCCGGACCGCAUCAAGAGCUUCUACCGGGUCAACAACGUGCGGCGGUUCCGUUACGACCGGCCGUUCCACAAAGGAUCCAAAGACCGAGACAACGAGUUCAAGAGUCUCUGGAUCGAGAGGACCACCCUGAUCCUCACGCACCCUCUGCCCGGGAUCUCUCGCUGGUUCGAGGUGGAGAAGCGAGAGCUGGUGGAGGUGAGUCCGUUGGAAAACGCCGUCUCUGUGGUGGAGAACAAGAACCAGGAGCUGCGGACUCUGAUCAGUCAGUACCAGCACAAGCAGCUGCACGGGAACAUCAACCUGCUCAGCAUGACCCUGAACGGGGUCAUCGACGCCGCGGUCAACGGAGGCAUCGCCCGGUACCAAGAGGCCUUCUUUGAUAAGGAAUACAUCAGCAGCCACCCUGAGGACACGGAGAAGAUCACGCAGAUCAAAGACCUGAUGCAGGAGCAGGUUCACAUCCUGGGAGUCGGCCUGGCGGUGCACGAGAAGCUGGUGCACCCGGAGAUGAGGCCACUGCACAAGAAGCUGAUCGAUCAGUUCCAGAUGAUGAGGAGCAGCCUCUGUCACUGUUUCUAUGUGGCCCUGCAGGGACUUCCUGGUUUGGACAAGGUGGUCUCAGGAGCCCACACCUCCAGAGGGAUCCUGGCCUCACACAGCCCCCUGAGCCCCGAGAGCUUCAAGCUCAUGCACCGGCACAGCCCCAUAGCUGUUUUGACUCCAGUGCGCAACUCCUCCUCCUCUCUCUCCUCCCACACCUCCAGUGAGAUGGGGAACGUUGGGAACCUGCUGAUCCUGGCUGAUGGGAUGGUGGUGGAGCACCCGGAGGACUUCUACCGAAUGCAGGCAAGCCCCUCCUCCUCUAGCCUUAGCUCCACCCACUCUGCGCCCUCUCAGCUGAUACACUCCGCCCCCUCCACCAUCAGAGUGGGUUCUCCUUCUCUGCCGGACAAGUACAGACACAACAGGGAGAUGCUGAUGCUGCUGCCGCCGCACAGGGAGCGGCCGAGCAGCGCCAUGUACACCAACAUCACAGAGAACGGCCAGCCAGCGAACUUCCAGCGGGCGCUCUUCCAUCAGGUGAUUGGUCCGUGUAAACCCUGCAGCGACCCCAACCUCUCGGUGGCUGAGAAAGUGCUCACCACCCCCAGUAGUUGGAGUCUGGACAGUGGAAGCAGAGAUGCUCUCCCCUUCCUCUCUGCCCACGCUGGCACCGUCAUCGCACCUCCUGUUCCCCCCCGCAACCUGCCUCACGGGCAACACCUGUCGAUGCACUUUGACGCUUUCCACCACCAGGUCAGCGACCUCCCUCCAGCUCUCCCCGCGCGCUCCUUAAGAAAGUCUCCCCUGCACCCUAUACCUGCCUCGCCCACCAGUCCACAGUCCAUCCUGGAUGGCAGUAGCUCCACCUUAUCAGGCAGCGCCAGCUCCGGGGUCUCCUCCCUCAGUGAGAGUAACUUCGGUGGCCCCGCCUCCUCCUCCGACGCCCCGGCCAGCCGCACAGACACCCUGGAGUCCGUCCCCAGCAGCCAGGCCUGGACCACGGACCAGGAGGACCUGGACUCUCUGUACCAGCCCGUCAGGUACAGCGUCUCCGAGCCCGAGGUCCUGGACGGAGGGAAACUCCUGCCCUGCCGCAGCCAGUCCGCCCCAGGAGGCGUCACCCCGGCUCAGGGUUCCACCUCCACCGGCGCUCCACAACCACUGCAGCAUGACGGGCUGCCACACCACCAACACCACUACCACCACCACUUCCACCCCCACUACCUCCCCCACCACCCGCCUCUCUACCAGCUCCACGAGCCUCCUCCCGCCCUGCCGCCCAAGCCCUACCUCCGAGAGGGAUGUAUCCCGGAAGAAGACGCCCAGUCUGCGUCUCCUCCCGCCCCACGGCCCAUGCCACGCAAGAUCUCCCAGCCCAUCAUCGCUGCCACCAAGGACGAGCAAGCUAAAGUGGCGUGGGAGCACGGCAUCAGCGAGGAGUGAGACGUCGGCGGAAGAGUUGAUGAAACUUGGAGAACAAACAGAAUAGAAACUAUUUUCAGAGAGAAAGACAAGAAGGAGAAAGACGUGAGAACCAAACUGAGACCUGAGGGAACCUGUCCCGACCUUCUCCAGGAACCAGAACAAACACUGAAGGUCAAAGAGGUUAAAUCAGAAAGUAAUAAUGAGGAACAUCAACAACAAGCCCAACGACAUGUCGAGGUUUUGAUUCCCUAGAUGAAAGUCUUCAUUUCCUUCGGUCUCUUUUUAUCUGGCACAAUAUCUUAACGAUGAUGACGUCCUGUCGGAGCCGAGAGGUUUUUAUAUUUUCCAAAAGAAGCAUUAAAGUGUGUAGAUACAUGUAAAACAGUAUAUCAAAGUAUAUGAAUAAUAAUUUAUAUUGAAUCCUUUUGAUUGAAGGUGAAAUAUGCAAGUUAAAUGGCUUCCAGAGUGGUUUAGUAGCUGCUGGGCGAUGACUCCUGACGUGUUCACAGCAGAGAGGAGGUGAAGAAAUCAUUUCAUUUCAGGUUGUGACGUCAGAAAAGGAAUUUUUGUUUUUCAGCUGACGAUGUAAAUGUGUGCAAACGAUCAGGCUGAUGACGUUUAUAGAGAAAAUUGACUCUGAGAAAUAUACACUUUUUGCCAGUUUUUAUGAAAUGAAUGACUGUACAUUUAUAAACUAUAUACAGUUUUUUUUUUUAUGCAUGUUUAUUCAAUGGAAGAUCGAACAGAGAGUGAGUGAAUACACAGAGGUGUGUGUGUGUGGGGGGGGGGGAUAUUAAAUGGCUGUGAUGAAGUGUAAAGAUACUGUGAAGGAUGAUGCGUUGUUUGCUUUUGUUUUAAAAAUGUAAAACCUUUUUUCCACCAGUUCAGAUCCUCAGAGCACUUCUCUGCUUUUUCUUUGAAGUUGAAAAACCUUCACUGACAUUCUGUGUUUUCAUGUUCUCACUUCAACCUGAAGCUACGAGGACCUGUUCACCUCAUCGAGGCCGAGUACAGGAAAUUAACACAAAUAGGAAACUUUAUUUACACUAAAUAUUCUAAAUUUACAGAAGUAAAAGCCUCAGGGAUCAAAACUGAAAAUAUCAUUUAAUUUAAAAACAAAUUCAUCAAUUACCACAAGAACAACUGGAGGUAAAAUCUAAAUGUUUAACUUCUUUAAAGAUCUAAAUGAGUCGGGGCCGGAGGAAAUAGUGAAAACAGAAACAACUGUCCACAUUUAGAAACAUAAAUAAACACAAAGUUUUUAUUUAUCACUUUAGUCUUUGGGAUAUUUUAUAUUGAGAAACUUGUCAAUUUUCCUUCAUAUCAAUAAAGUUUUAUCUUAACGAAUAAUAAACCCUUUGCCCCUCUCGUAACCUUUUUGUAUAAUUUUUGUAUAAUUAAUAAUCUGAUUUUACUUGUAAAUGUGGAGCUAUAACAAAGUGCAGAAAUAGAUCAUGACUCAGCAGAGCUUGAGUCUCCCCCCGACCCAACAGGCCCCUGAGGAAACCAGUUAAAUCCACCAGAUCCUGAUGGUUCUGGAUCUGCACUCAAUCACACACACUCGUUAAUAUCAGUCCUGUAAACAUCUGAUGGUUUUCAUCAAGAUCCGUGAAUUAUUCUCUGAGGAAACAACGGAAAUAUUGAAAAAGGUCGGAGCUCAUUAUCGAACAGGGGGUGAAAACAUAACCUCCUCAGUGGGGGUUCCUAUUCUGACCUGAAAUUAAAGUUCCAGCUUCUGCAUUGAUGAUAAACUAUGCAAAGGCCCAUUUCAAAUAAUGUCCAGAGAACAGUUUUAUACGUGCGAGUGGACGAGGCUGGUUGAUGUAAAUAUACACAGAGUAUUUAUACCGAUCAUCAAGGGCAAACAUUGUAAACACGUAGACGUCAGAGUCUUGUCCUUUCUGAUGUAAAACAGUUUUUAAACUUAGACGACAGCAAAACGUACAAGUUCCUUUUCUCUAAUUCUUCUGAUUAUUUCAGGGCAGCUGAGGAAGGUUUGUUUCUUUGUGUGUUCUGCAUCAAAUCCAGAUAGUUGCUACGAUAGAAUCCCUUUGUACGAUGAUGCUCACGAGUGUUUCCUGUAUAUAAAAGUCUUUAUUGUGUUAGCAUGGUACUGAACUGUGAACCAUGGUAGAUGUAAAUACUGUUUUCUUUCCUCCUCACUAACCAAACUGAUGUGUUGUGGAU